AUGCUGAAGUGGCUCUUGGGUCAGGACGAUACUCAAAAUCCAAAAGAAUGGAAACAAAUGUUUCAAGUGAAGAUCCGGGAAGAAAUGGCACCUUUCGAUGUACGUUUCAUUACAAUUGCACUAGGUGUUGCUGAAACGGAAUUAUUGGGUCAUACAACAUCAGAUUAUAUCAAGAACAAUUACAAAGAAGAAAAGAAAGAAAAUGAUGGGAAAAAAUAUCAAUGGCGUUGUCGUGCAAAAGGUUGCAGGUUAACUCGAUCUAUUCGUGAUGGCACCUUCUCUUCCGCGUCGAGAUUAUCAAUCCAACAGUUACUCGAUUUAAUGUUUUAUUGGUCACAAGGCCUCGAUAGCCAUAAACAUCUUCGACGUCAUUGUAAUUUAGCAAGUGAGCAUCCGGGAGUGAUUGAUGGGGCUGGACAUGUGGUGGAAAUCGACGAAAGUUCAUGGACGAAAAGAAAAUACAAUCGUGGGCGAGUGAUACCAAACCAGUGGGUAUUCGGUAGUAUUGACAGAGACACCAGAGAAUGUUUUGCUGUCGCUGUAAAUCGUCGUGAUGCUGCCACACUGUUACCAGUUAUACAACAUUACGUCAGACCAGUCACAACGAUUUACAAUGACGAAUGGGGAGCAUACAUCUCCUUAAAAACAAAUGUUAAUGGUUACGAACAUGACACAGUGAAACAUUCGUUACAUUUCGUGGAUCCACAAACUGCGGUACAUACCUAG